GACUACUCCGCCGAAGUGCUCGCCCAAGUGCCCAUCCAGGGCUGGCAGGCCGAACUGCUGAAUUCCAAGAUUGGGUAUGAUGCGCCAAGUUGGGCUAUGGCCCUGGCCUCCGUGGCAGAUGCCAAAAUCGACGUCAACUUCAAUGAGGCUCAGGCAACAGUCGAAGCGAUCACUGCAAUGGCGCGCCGCCGAGCCGAGUUCGUGAUCACCAAGUUUCUCGAGUCCCGGGAGUUUGGAGGGAUCAUGGUUGACGGCACCCGUCGCCACAGCUUCAUGACACUCUUGAAGUGGAAGCCACAGCCGUCGGACAGGGAUUUGUUCCAGAAUCUGACGAUAAGUGAGGAGGUGCUGGUUGUUCCAGCUCGAGUCCAUUCUGACCAGGAGGAGGCGGAAUCCAUGAGCAAGGGAGCCUUGGUGGAGGUGAGGGCAAACGACCGGGCGGACUGGCAGCCUGCCAUCCUCAUGCAGGAGAAUGUACAAGGCCGCGUCUGGGUAUUUCCAGUCCAGGCGCAACAGCAAAUGGAGGUCGAGCUGAGCAACCUCCGGCCUGGGUUCGACAUGGUUGCGAUCAUCGGCGAGAAGAUGAGUCGCGCCCGUGCGCAGCUUGCCUUGAUGAGCCGCAUGUGGAAGGCGGAGAAAGUCUUCGACUUCGGACGCCUAUCCGCCCUCGAACUGAGCGAGGAUGGCUACGACUGGGGAACCUACCGACGCUUCUUCAAGGAGAGUGAUCAUGGGGACUUCCUGUACACCCAUUCGUCUCUCAUUGAGAAGGUGGUGUCCAAAGCCAGCGGCUCUGCUGUGGCCGUUCUUAAUAGCAUGGUGAUGUGCACGGGCGCUCGAUGGGAACGCAGCUGUGCGGCUGGAAUGCUAGAGGACCUCCAGAAGGCUCACGCGAACAACGCCGAGAUACUUCGGGAGGACAGACAGUGCAGUCUUCGGCUGCGCGUGGGUCGGCAAAGCAUCCUCCACGUGCUUCAUCGGAGGCCUGGGGAGAUUCUGCCCGAGGAGGAGGAGUUCAAGGUUCUCAUCUUGCGCAGCCAGGGAAGCAAGGAAGCGCAGAGGGAAGCGAUAGCCUACAAAGCCGGAUCGCCAGUGGAAGUUCUUCAUAACGGGAGGCGACAGUGUGCGGCUAUUCGCUUUCUGGCAAGAGGAGCCGAUGCAGCCGGUGAUGGUGGCACCAGAGCCUUGCGGGACAUUGCCAAAAUCAAGGUCGUGAACAAGGAACGUUUGCAAACCGAAGAGCUGGAACAAGAAAGGGGGAGCUCUGACAUUCUCAGGUCAGCAAGCGAAUCGCCCGUGCAUCGCAAUGCGGAGUUGAGGCCGUUGCCGACUGCGUGGUGCUGUUUGCCGCUUAGUUUCCGGGUGGAGGGAAGCGUUUUUUGUGGCAUCUUCCGACUUUCUGAGCUGCAGAUGCCUUUCGUGGAGCAGGACCUCAAGCAGUUUCGGCGCCUUGUUCGCCAUGCCGUUGCAGAAGGGGUCAUCAAACCUACGGACCGAGAUCCCUUCGACACUGCAGACUGCAGGGAUUCAGUGAACAUGCAGUACAUACAGCCGGUGACAGCUGCAGCUGGUAACCCGAGUUGGGCCUUGAUGCUUCACCCAGCGGGCUUGAAAUGUGAUUUGUUCAUUACGCAUGGCUGGGCCGAGGGCGUUUUUGAAUUCGUGGACCAAGUUGUAAACUCAUGGCCGUCUGGUGCCAAAGCUGCCUAUGUCUGCUUCUUGUCCAACCCGCAGAACCUUGACAUUGCAGAGUUGAUCGGCAGUCCAGAAGAAUCACCUUUCGCGAAAGCAUUGGGGUCUGCAUCACGGGUGCUAGCAGCGCCGAAUCAUCAUCAAAGCAUAUACACCCGUGCAUGGUGUGUGUUUGAAGCCUACCUUGCGUACACGUGGGGCAAGUCGAUUUACACUGCCACAUCUCCGCCAGCCCACUUCUGGCCAAUGUCGUUGAGGACAGCAAGUUGGUCUGUACUGAUGUUGGGCGUCUGCUCCUGCACGUUGGUGCACGGAAACAGGAACUCUGAAUUGUGGGAUUGGGGCCAGAUCAGUGUUGUGAUGGACGCUCUUGGAGGGCUGACUGUCAUCAGCGGUUGCUGCUUUGCAUAUUUGAUGGUGACAGGAAGGCAUCACUGGAAGGCCACGGAAGCUGCACUCUUUGCUUUUAGCGCCUUCUUCGCCGGCCGCUUGGCCACCAACAUAUUCCGGGAGUCUCUCCAAACGGUGUUCAACUUUGUGCCUUUGGUGACGACUCCAUUUGUUUUCUGGGCCAUGGAGUGCGACCGUUUAUUAGGCAUCGAAGCUGCAAAGCAAGCCAAGCAGCUGCGCGAGGGCUUCACCGGGCAUAUACGAGAUGCGACUACCUCGAAUCCAGCUGAUGGUGAGCGGAUACGCAACACCAUCGAGCAAAGCGGAGCAGAAACAGCUGUCAAUGAGGCCGUUGCUGUGCUUCUCCGAAUGAGCCUGUCCACCCCAGAGUUACGACUUGUCACGUCGCUUGCGGGAUCCCUGGGCAACGCGUCAAACUGGAGCCGCGGUAUUUUUGCCAUAGUCGUGACUGUCUGGGUGAGUGCGGCAUUCAACUCUGCAUUGUGGCGGAUCGAGCCAGGCUUUCAAUGGAUCCCGUUUGCUGUUGCAGCUGAGGCUCUCAUCGUGGUUAUUGGCUUCCCACUGUUGCCUCGAGACCGGAGGCCCUUUGCAGAGAGGACUCAGUGGGGACUCUUGUUGUCUAUCCCGGGGUAUCUUGGAAUCAUUGGUGGCCCAUGGCAUGAUGCCAUUUUGUAUGGCAUAGUCGGUCCUUUGAUGAUGCUCGUGGCCUUGGCGGGGCCGUCGCGUACGUCGCGCGUACCUGUUCUGGGUCCCAUGCUAGUUCGUGCCCUAUUUGGACGCAACCCUUUCAAGUGCUCUGUUCCGGACCGCCCGGGAGCUUUCGCGGGCCAGUUGGCCAAGCCUGCGGAUGACAUUGGCAUGCUGGAAGUGGGAGAAAGUGAGGUGAAGGCGCUGACGGAGGAGAUUGUGGAAGAGGUUGAAAAGCAGGCGAACGUGUAUCUCUUCGUGAGAGAUGAUGUUAGCCAGCCAGGGCCCCAUGCAGUGCUUGGCCGAACGGCUUUCGAAGCCUCACCUGACACUCGCCCUGCACCCCCGGCAGAAAGUCUGUGA